ACGGAUCAAUACGUAACGUGCGCAUAUCCUCGUUUCCUCGUUCAUCCUCGCGUGUCUCGGGUGGCUUCUGUCGCGAGUCCGCGUAAAUCCGCAUUUAUCAGAAAACCGCUAGAGAUGUUGUCAUUCGACGAUGAUUCUUGCCGAUUAAUCCUCAAGUUGACGCCUUACCUAUAGUUAAAACAUUUUCAUUAGAGUUGCAGCAGAAUGAUCGCGACCGAAAGUAUUUACAUUUGUGUACAGCGUGAAAGUGAGCCGUUUAAUUGAACUGCUUUACACGAUGGGAACUAGAUUUGCAGGAUACAGCCUAAAAUUGGCCAGUCUGCAUGGCCACUAUCAACGGCUACUUUAUGGGAGUCAACCCAUGCCUUCUGGUCUGGACAUCGCAAAUACGUUGAAAUAUUUUUCUCAAACUUUACUGUCUCUACUAAAAGAUGUGCCUGAAAAGCCGUUCGACUUAAUCAAGUCGCAGGAAAAAGAUGCGGAACGAAUGGCGUUUUAUCCAAAUUUGGAUUACAAGCAGCUUUAUAACGCAGUGACACAGCUGAUUGACAUUGUGCCGCAAAUACACAUCGGUCUACAAGCAUUCGGGAAAGCCUUGCUGCAAUGUCUUGCAUGCAUGCUGCCGUUUCUCGAUCACGACCUCAUCGACAAUUUACCGUACUUAACUGCCAGUACGAUAUCGAUAUUCCCUAUGGAGCUCCACGAAGAAAUUAUGAAUUAUCUCUGUUUUUACAUUUUACCGUUUACUAUACAGAGGCAGGACGAAAUUGGAAAUGAAAGUGCAGCUAGUCAAUCAGUCGCUGCUAUUAUAAUGACAGUCUUUCAAUAUUCCAAUAAUGCAGCGCAUCACUGUCAGUUGGUGGAGUGUCUGAUGGCCUUAAAACCGGGUGUUGUAAAGGAUAUACUUUGCGUUAUCGCUUACGGUACUGCACCAGCGAGAGCAUCAGCUGCAAAGUUGCUCUUUUACUAUUGGCCGUCGUUUAAUCCAAAUCUAUUCGAUCGUCGUGCAGUGCUGGUAAAAUUUGCCAAUGAUCUUAUACCAUUUGUGUGUCAGCGGGAUAAUUGCCCGAAUGCUGGCAACGCCGAAGCCGGUAAGGUUUGCUACGAUCAUCGUAUUUCCAUCACUUUCGCUGUCGAAUCUCCACCCCCUCUCUACCUUUGUAUCGAGUGCGCGAACGAGAUUUGUCGGGAGUAUCCGAAACAGAAGUUCAACGACAUUCUCCGUCCGAUGCAACCGGUGUCCAUGGUUUGCGAAAGUAAGAACUGCAAGGGAAUAAAGGACAAACAGAAGGAACCGAAGGAACAGAAGGAAGAGGACAGAUCGGCGUUCAGCAUUUGCUUCUCGUCCGAGUGCACGAGCUUCAACGGAAAUCAUCCGAUACGGUAUUGCCAAGCGUGUCACAAUCAUCGCCACGCGAAGAAGAAAAAGUACAACGAUCCCGACAAAGACAACGAUGGCAGUAAUCACAUUUAUCACACCGCACUCCCUCAUAUCUCGCAAUUGGACUCGCAAGCGCAAACUUACAUGGUUCAAGCGAUCGUCAGUUUGCUCCGAGAGGCCGAACCGAUAAGUAUCGAUAGUAAUCGGGACAUGAUGGAAAGUACGAGCAGUACUAACAAGAGUGUAGGAUAUCCAGGGAGUAGCGGUGGCGGCGGGUUUGGUAGCGCGUUCGGUGGUCACUACGACCCGAUGAGCCUGGAGGAACGACAGCUCCUCGGCAGAUACGGCGUGUGGCUGCUCGUGGGACUUUGUACCCCGAACAAGGAUACCCCGGUUGAAAUACUGGGCCGUUUGUUGUCAAUGUUAUUUCAUUGGUUUCAUGUCACUGCCUACUGUUUCGAUGGUAUUGAAAAAAGACUUAUACACCUUAUCUUUUCUGUUGGCCAAGCGGAAAGCGCGCUCGAGAAGCUGAAAACGGAGUAUGUUUGUACCUGGCUUUCGGAAGUUAUGAAAACUCAUUACGAAGUAUUCAUUUCCUGCCUUCUGCCGCAUCCUAUGGACUAUGUCAGAGUUGGAGGUCAUUGGGAGACCUUGGCUUCGCGAACGUCUCAUUUGAAAGACGGACUGCAUCGGCUAUUCUGUUUGAUACCGUACGAAGUGAUCACUUCUGAUGUGUGGGACUACGUGAUGCCGCAUUGGAUGGAAGCGGUGGUAAAUGAUGUUCCCGAGCACGAGCUUCACGAGUUAAAGAUAAUAUUGAGCAAGAUCUUGGACCGAGAUAUGAACUCUUUGGGAUUCGACACGAAGAAGAUGUACAACUUCGUGGCGAAGCGGUUCGUCAACACGAGCGCAAAAGUACAAGAGCAGGCCCUUAAUUGGUUGCAAACACUCACCAUGCUAGAAAUAACAUUACCAUUAGAUCAACUGUUUUCGAUAUUCAGCGACGGGGUCGCCGUUAUGCAAGCGAUGAGCUCCGCGGAACCGGAACCAAGCAAAUCUACGAAGGACGAUGAGGAAAAUGUCACAUGUACCAUGGUAGAAAAUGCUUCGGGCAAAUCAACUCCGCUCUCCGAUGACAUCGUACUAGUGCAGAGACACAUGGAAUUUACGACGAACGCCGAGCUUAAUUUAUCCUGUUGCAUUCUUAUGCUUGAUAUACUUUUGAAGCAGAUGGAACUUCAAAACGUGGACAAGCACACUGGUAUCAACACGUGGAUUUGCCGAGACGCCUGUCACCUGAUGAAAUCUAUAGUUGCGUCCAACUGGAACAACUGUCACGUGUGCGACACGUCCGACACUGAGUGCAGUUAUUGCGAAUCGAGGGUGAUUUGGUAUCAGCUGUGCUUUCAACUGAUCACUUACAUGGCACCGGAAAAUCCAGCAUAUCCACCCGAUACAAUCGUGGACGAAACCGCGGAGAACGAUCGCAAAGGCUCGCCGGAGACAACAAAGAAGAACGAUUCGAAACCGGAUGUAGUUAUCAACAUGCCAGUGCCGGAAAUGCAUUCCGUAGGCGGCGUCCUAGUUCACAUGCCACACAUUAUGACAGCCACAGUAGAGACAGUUUCGGAACAGCUGGAUCUUGCAGCUAUCAUGCCAACGGAGAAGGUCAUGUCCGCUGUUGCGAGGACGGUUACGCUAUCGGAGACCGACGUCGCUACCGCAACGGUGAGCGUGGCGAAACCACAUCUGAUAGGCGAGGACGACGAACCCGUGAACCUGAGUCCGGAGACUGACCUCGAUGACUUUUGGCACACCUCCGUGGGGAAGUUUCGUUUCACGAUAGAAGAAUUGCCGGAGCAGCUUCAGUACAUCCAUAAAUUAUUAAAGGAGAUGAUGACGAUCGACAAGCCUGACAUUUUGUACUACAUGCUGCAGUGCUUGAACGUGUUGUGCUUGUACGGCGACGCGUUCAGUACAGCGGUAAAGGAUCAUCAAGGAUUCUUCAUAUGGUGCCAGGAAAACUUGUUAAUAAAGAAUUUAUGGGAGCUGCUAAAUGCGGAACACUCGCACAUAGCGCAAGUGACCGUGCCGCUAUUAUUGCACUGUGUAACACUGCCUUGCGGCACCGAUACCUUUUGGCGGCUUGUACAAGAAGAGUUUCACAAUUCCGAUUGGCGCGUUAGAUUCGUCGCAGUCGAGCGUGUCACGUUAAUCGCAAGAUUUAUGGACUCAACGCCGCUGCGGAAUAUGAUGAGUCUCCAAGCCGCAUUAGCAAACGCAUUCUGUUACCUAAUCACGAGCAUGGAUGAUAAUAAUGUAUACGUUGCGCAGCGUGCGACCUUAUAUCUCGGUACUGUUCACGACACGGCGAUCAGGUCGUUAAUCUUAUGUCUGGAGACACAGUUCGAUUCCGUGAUCGUAGAUCGGCCGAUGGUAUUGCAAUCGCUUUAUCAACUUCACAACAGCCUCAGCGAUCGACGCAUCUUAACGUGGGAAUUUUUCUUGAAUCGAUUUGACACGCUAUUCCUCGAGGCACAAAUCAACUUGGAGAAAUCGGGAGACGUGGCUUACCUGCGCGAUCUGAAGAAUACGGAUCUAAACAGCGAGGUGUUCAUGAAGAAGUUGCAUCGGGCACAGGAAGCGCUGUCUCAAUCUGACGGCAGCGGGGCGAGCUCCGUGAAGACGCUGAGCGCGAGUUUCGGUACGAAGUGGCCGUACAAGCGCACAAUGUCCGCACCCGCGUCAAUGAUACCCCGACAAGACACCAAGCAGGAAAAGGAAAAGGUGUACAGCCGACAGUAUUCCGCGCCCAUUCUGAAAAGGAAGAGCUCGAGAUUCGGAUUGGGUCAGUUGUUGGGGUCUACCCCGCCUAAUAACAGUAUUCCAGAUGGUCACAUCCAUUCGCUGAACAUGGUCGACGAAGCUAGCACGUUACCGGCGUACACUCAUAAAAUUGUGGAUCUUGAGGAAGCAGAUAAAGAAACGAUGCAUCUUCUUGUUUUCCUCUUAAUGCAGUUUCUCUCGAGACAAGAUCAGGCCUAUCCGACGAACGAGAAACCAGUGUCAAAGACACAGGGUAUAGUCUUACGACACUUAUACCUUCUUUUGGGAUAUAAUCAAACUGAGCGUACCUUCCAUACCUCUCCGCAACGUCUAAGGCUUUCACCGGUAUUCAACGUUUUCAUCGCCAACUUGGCGCAGUUAUUGGACCAAAAUCAUAUAAUGGGCUGGUCGAUAACGCCGCAAGUUUUGGCGAUAUUGCAAUAUUGUCCUUGUCCGCCGCAAGCUACACCGCAACAAGCUCCUACUGAUCAGCAUCAGGUACCAAGCUAUAGUCUUUGGUAUUUGGAGCCGCAGAUUAGGCGAUCCUGGUUAAUGUCCUUACUUGUUAUUUUGUACAAGUGUCAGUACGGACAACAAACGUGGUGUAGUCAGCUUCAAACGUUGGUGAAGAUAGUGUUAAACACGCUCGACACGCAGUAUCAUCAGUGCAAGAGGAUUCCUGCGACUGUUGUCAUGGGCGCACCACCUUCCAGAUCUCGUGACGUGUCCCAACCGUCGCUCGGAGUGGAGCACGAAUUGGCGACGAACACGUUGGGCGAGAUAGAUACGGAAACUGCUUCAAUGCGCGCGCCGAUUAUCUCCGUGCAUCAGCGUAGUCCUGGUGGGACGCAUGGACAGAUGGAAACCCAUUGGGAAGAGAGUAAUGGCCCGUCAUGCCGCUACUACAAUAAGCACUUCACCAGUUUGGAUGAAAUUUGGAGGCAGGAGAAUGCUCAC